AUAUCCCAGAAUGCAACAUGUAAAAAAGAUGGCGACGCCCAUUACCGAAACAAGAAGUCUGAUUUCUCCAAAUAAAUUCUGAUUGAAAGUUGAAACUGCAAUAUUUCGGUCAACAUUGUUGGAAUCAGAAUGAAUGUCUGACUCUUUUUUUUUAGGGUCUUAGUUAUAGGCCUACUGCCUUUAGGCCUACAGUACUGGAAACGUGAAUUUUGUUAUUUUUUUUAUUAACGAACAAGUUGGAACUUUUUAAUGGAAUGAGUUUCGAUCCGGAACAAGUUAACGAAGCCAAGUUUCCAGGCUUGUCUGGCAGCAUGCAAGAUGAGAAUGAAUUUAGCCAGGAUUCUGAAUGCAGUGACCGUGAACUCUUCAAGAGUAAAGACAAGAAGAAAGACAAGAAGAAGGACAAAGAGCGAGGCUACAAGACAUUUGAGCCGAUGGAGACCCACUCGGAAGACGACGAUGAGAGGGGCAAGAAGAAACGAAACAGCAUCUUCUCUCGGAAGUCCAAAACCCCCAAGGAGAAGCACAAGGACAAAGACAAGGAGCCGCCAGCCGACGAGAAACACAGAGAGAAGGAGAUGAAGGCGGAGAAGAAACGAAGCAAGAGCAAGGAGCGAGAGGCCAAGAAAGAACGGACACGGAGCAAGGAGAGGGAGAAGUUUGGCCGGAAGAAAGCCCACACCAUCAGCACGGUGCCCGCGACUAAACCUGCUCAAUCUGUUGAAGUCAAGCCGGUGUUUGGGAUACCACUAGCCGAGGCUGUUGAACACAGCAAGAUGUACGACGGCAUUGAGUUGCCCAAGAUUGUGCGAGAGUGCAUCGACUUCAUUGAGGAGCACGGCAUGAGCCACGCUGGUAUCUACCGCCUCUCGGGGGUCAAGUCCAAGGUGGAGCUUCUCCGAGGCUGUUACAAUCGGAACGAGGAGGUGGACCUGAGAGGGCAGGAUCCCAACAACGUAUCCAGCCUGCUCAAGCAGUACCUGAGAGAGCUGCCGGAACCCCCACUGACUAAGACGCUGGGACCCAAGCUGGAAGAGGCUGCUGCCAUUGCAGAUAUCAAAGUCCGACUUCCGACGUUCCAGCGAUUACUCCAGCUCCUCCCAAAAUGUAACUACGCCCUGUUGUCCUGGCUGGUGGUCCACCUGGCCCACGUGCUGCAAAAUGAAGCUGAGACCAAGAUGACAAUUCAGAACAUCUCCAUUGUCAUGUGCCCCACGCUGCACAUCAGCCAUCGGGUCUUGAACCUUCUCUUCACUAACUGGAAGACUCUCUUCAAGGGAGUGCAGAUCAAGAGGUGUCCUAAACCACUGAAAUGGGACGCGACAGAAAAUCGUCUCGAACUCCCAGAAAAUCCUGCUGCCUUGGAGGAGGAGCUACAGAGACAGGAAGCAAUCCUGGCCAAGAUGCACGACGAUCUCAACAAAGGAUUGGCUGACAAGUCGACUGAGGAACAUCUUUGGGAAGUGCAGCGAAUAGUCACCCAGCUCAAGAGAAAGUUACGAGUCAGCCGGAGGAUUUCUGAAACGAGAAUUGCCGCCAUCGAGAAGGAAAAAGAACGGGAAAAGGAAAAGGAGAAGGAAAAGGAGAGGGAAAAGGAAAAACACAAGGAAAUGGAAAAAGCCAAGGAAGCAAAGGCGGUUGGAGAACAAGACGCACAGAAGACAAAAGAAGAAACGGAAGACAUCCAAACGGAAGAAAUUAAAACGGAACAAGAAGAAACUGGCCAAGACAAGGAGGAAGUCAAGUCAGCAGACAGGCUCUCACAGGACAGGACACCUAAGAAAAGACAGGCGCCCCGGGCGCCAGCAGAUGUACAACCAUCGGCCGAUGAGGAGACGCCGGCGAAGACGGCGGAACCCGAGGAUAUUCCGCAGGUUGAGAUCGAGAUUGAGGAGACCGAGGAGGAUGCGGUCUUCGUGGAAACAGCAGAGGAGGAUGUGAAGGAAGUCGAGGAUGCAGAGGAGGCUAUGAAGAUAGAUGAGGCAAAGAAACUGGAGGAUGAAAAUUUGGAGAUGAUUCGUCUGUUGUUGCUAUCCCAAGCCGAGGUCCUCGCCGAGCAAGAGGAACUCCAGGCCAUCCACACCGAAUUACUGAAACGCAUCGAGGCUGAGAAGCAAGAAGUCGCCCGGCUAAAGGAAGAGAUUGCUGAGGCUCACUCCCAGGCUCACCAUCGUUCCUACUCCGUGGAUAGCACCGAUAGUCUGAUGUCGUCCGAGAGUAGCACUGACAGUGAUGACGAUGAUGACACGGAGCUGCAGGCCAUCCUGAACAAACUCAUCCGAGAGAACCAAGAACUAGAGCGUAAGAACACGCAACUCAGCCACGACAUCCACAACGAGCGAGAAGCCUGCGUGGAGCUCAAGGUGCAAAUCAAGCUGCGGCAGCACCCUUACUACCAAAUGGAGCCGUCCAGUAUUCAGUCCGUCAAGGACGUGCAGGCUCGGGAGCGGGAGUUGGAGUCCUUCGUCAAGACGGAGCGCGAGGUGGAGUCGGACUCGGAGGUCGUGGUGACCUCGGGAGAGGUCAAGCGAGGCCGGCGGAAAUCGCAGAGCAACCCAAACGUCGCCGGGCCCAUGACGCUGGUUACCGGGACGAGGCAGGAAACGGACAUUGAGAAGGAGCGGAGCGGAGCGAGCGGAGGGGAGAAAGCGAAGGAUGCGCCGCGGGCUCGAAGGCUUGAAAGAGAAACGUCUGUCUGAACUGACUGGGACAAAGUGAUGAAAUUUUCAGAAAAUUGUACUUGCACUUGAGUCCUGUGUUUAAGUCGUGGGACUGUGGGCUUGAGUUUAACUUGGGGAUGAGUUGCUUUUGUUUUUGAGCAAGCUGUACAUUCACAAUUGCUUCAGUCCAGUCAAUGGACCAUCCGAGAUUCGACCAUAAGCCACGCCCACUUCGCAUAAUGGGUAACAACACAUGCGUUUCCCCAAUGCCACACUGGAUGUUCCAGCCCGGCACGUCAUGUGUUUGUGCACAUACAUGUAUGUCAGAUACAGUCACAGCUAUGAUUAGUCAAUACAUUAUGGGCGGGGCUUAACGAAAUCGGUCUAUUUGUACUAAAUGUGACGCUUGAAAUUAGUUCGUCUUAUAAGUUUCAACAGAAUAUUUACUCUUUUAAGUAAGCCGUUAUGGUUCUGCUGUGAAUGUACUGGCAUUGUAAAUUGCACGGCAAAUUUGUUUUUGAUUUUCUGCGCUGUAAGAAAAAUAUAAUCUGCAGUUAUUGAGAAAACAGUAUUAGAACAACAGUACAACCAUACAAUUCAGAUACGUAAGAAAAAAUCAGUCAAACACAAGGAUUUAUGUAUUUAUUGAAUACUUGGAGUUUGUAAAUACGUGUAUUACAAGGCCUAAGGAUUUUUUAUGUCAUUAAAUCUGAGACAUAUUUCGACAAGUUUCUCCACAAAUGCCCUCUGAACUGUUUCCCCAGAAUUUCCCGCGAUCAAACUAAAUCGGCAUCAUUUAUGAAUUGAUCAUUUCAUGGGGGAAAGAUUCAAGGGAAACUGUGUUCAAUACCGCAACCAAUAUCCGAUAAAAUCGGCUUUUUCCUGGAUAUUAUUAGUGAGAUGCCGCCUGUAAUGAUAUUAACAUUAUAAAGUCUUUUCAUAGACUUUAUCAUUUGAAUUUUCAAAUGAAAAUACUGAUACUUUGAAAUGUCCACCAUAUUCAUAUAUUGUCAAAAAGUACAUGUAUAUAAACAAAAACUUGGCUUUUGUGGUAAAACGUGAGGUUAAAGGCAAAUACAAAUUAAUUGGUGGUGUGUGGGAAAAAUUAUUAAAUAAAAGUGAUAAAAUAAUAUCUUUUUUUCCAGCAAGAAAAGUAUGCUUAAUUUAGAAUGAAGGAAUAUACGUGUAUAAAAUGCUACUGUCUGUCUUGCCAAGAUGUCGGCAAGUAACUCAAUGUAGUCCUUUGUGUAAUACUACAUUUAUUAUGUAUACAACAUAAAUAAACAUGGAAGCAUAUUAUUAAACACUGUUACAAUGGUCAUUUAAA